CCUCGCCUGGGCCGUUAGCGGGGAGGCUGCCCGCCCGGGCCGGCGGCAGCUGGGGCUCGGGGCCGGGAUGGUGCGCCUGCGCCGCCGCGCCUGCCUGGCGCUCUUCCUCUGCGCGCUCUUCGUCCUGGGCGCCCUCCUGGCGCUGCGCACCCUCAAGCCCCCACCCGACGACCCCCGGCGCCGCCGCUUCCCGGGGCCCUGGCCCGAGGAGAAAGAGGCCAAGGAGGCCCCCGCCCCAGCCGACUCCCCUGCGCCCCCCGUCGGGGCGCAGCCCCCGCCCGACCGGGACGCCCCGUCCGUCUCCUCCUCGCUGCACGUCUUCUACUACACGUGGUACGGGACGCCGCGCUUCGACAGCCGCUACCUCCACUGGGACCACGUGAUGGUGCCCCACUGGGACCCCAAAAUCUCGGCCAGCUACCCGAAAGGCCGCCACAGCCCCCCCGAGGACAUCGGAGCCAGCUUCUACCCGGCCCUCGGGCCCUACAGCUCCCGCGACCCGGCAGUCCUGGAGGAGCACAUGCGCCAGCUCCGCGCCGCCGCCAUCGGAGUCAUGGUUCUGUCCUGGUACCCCCCUGGCCUAGCAGAUGACAACGGUGAGCCCUCUGAGAGCCUGGUGCCCUUCAUAUUGGACGCCGCACACAGAUACGCAAUCCAGGUCACCUUCCACAUACAGCCAUAUAAAGGGCGUGACGACAACACUCUGCACAGCAAUGUGAAAUAUAUCAUAGACAAGUAUGGAACACAUGAUGCUUUCUACAGAUACAAGACCAGCACGGGCCGGAGGCUGCCUUUAUUUUAUAUUUAUGACUCAUACCUUACGCCACCCGAAGCCUGGGCAAACCUGCUCACCCCUUCCGGCUCCCACUCUCUCCGCAACACCCCAUAUGACGCCGUCUUCAUCGCCCUGCUGGUGGAGGAGGGGCACAAGCACGACAUCCUCUCCGCCGGCUACGAUGGACUCUACACCUACUUUGCCUCCAACGGCUUCUCCUACGGCUCCUCCCACCAGAACUGGAAAGCCAUCAAGGCCUUCUGUGACUCCAACAACCUCCUCUUCAUCCCCAGCGUGGGCCCUGGUUACAUCGACACCAGCAUCCGCCCCUGGAACAACCACAACACACGGAACAGGGUAAACGGCAAGUACUACGAGACGGCCCUGCAGGCCGCCCUCAUGGUGCGCCCGGAGAUAGUCUCCAUCACGUCCUUCAAUGAAUGGCACGAAGGCACCCAGAUCGAGAAGGCCACACCCAAGAAGACCCUGACCCGGCUCUACUUGGACUACUUGCCCCACCAGCCGGACAUGUACCUGGAACUAACCCGUAGGUGGGCAGAGCACUACAGCAAAGAGAAAGAGCAGUGGCUCAUGUGAGCAAGCUGUGAAGGGUUGAUUCUCCUGGUCAUGAAGAGACCCAGAGAGAAGCUGGUAGCCAUUCAGGUGGAGGAAGCUGUUCUCAGAGCUGUACGUUUCUGGAACCUGGGUGAAGAGGGAUGAGCUGUGUUUCAUGUUGAAAUACCUCUUGAGAGGUUUGCUAUGCUCCUGCAGGGCAGCACACCGAUAUACGACUGUGCAAAACUCCCCAGAUAUAGUUGGGCUAGUGCUCUUGCAAUCCUCCUCACUCCAAGCCCUCAGCUUUCCUUAAAAGAAUAAAUCUCUUUGCCUGCUGCAAGCCAAGAAGACAAUUCAUUUCAAAUCUGAGUUCUGCAGGAGGUGCUAAACUGAACAGCACAUCCCUGUUGCUAUUCAGUUCCAGGGAUAUUUAUUCCUUCUCUGCUGCCACUGCUACUUAGACCUCUACCCUGUUGCUGCUCCCAGCAAACAUAACCUGAUGGAGCCCUACCCUUAUUAAAAAAACAAAACCUAGACAAUUUGUGUAUGCAGGAAAGUUCUCAGAAACCACAUGCUGUAUUAUGUCUUUGGAAUUCCAAUGAUCAGAAAUGCACCCAGUCUUGCAAUAAAACAAGAACCUCA